UGCUCAGAGUGUGGAAACAGUUUUGCUGAACACAGUGCCCUUCAAAAACACCAGCGUAUUCACACAGGAGAGAAACCGUAUAACUGCACUGAGUGUGGAAAGAGUUUUACUCAAAGUAGUGAUCUUAAAGUACACCAGCGUGUUCACACAGGAGAAAAGCCGUAUCACUGCACUGAGUGUGGAAAGAGUUUUACUCGAUGGAGUAAACUCCAACAACACCAGCGUAUUCACACAGGAGAGAAACCGUAUCACUGCACUGAGUGUGGAAAGAGUUUUACUCAAAGUAAUACCCUUAAAGUACACCAGCGUGUUCACACAGGACAGAAACCAUAUUACUGCUCAGAGUGUGGAAAGAGUUUUAUUCAAAGUAGUGACCUUAAAAUACACCAGCGUGUUCACACAGGAGAGAAGCCGUAUCUCUGCUCAGAGUGUGGAAAGAAUUUUACUACGCAGAGUAAUCUCAAACAACACCAGCGCAUUCACACAGGAGAGAAGUCAUAUCACUGCUCAGAGUGUGGAAAGAGUUUUUCUCGUCAGAGUACGCUUCAACGACACCAGCGUGUUCACACAGGAGAGAAACAGUAUCACUGCUCAAAGUGUGGGAAGAGUUUUUCUCGUCAGAGUACGCUUCAACAACACCAGCACAUUCACACAGGAGAGAAGCCAUAUCACUGCUCAGAGUGUGGGAAGAGUUUUACUACACAGAGUCAUCUCAAACGACACCAGCGUGUUCACACAGGAGAGAAGCCAUAUCACUGCUCAGAGUGUGGAAACGGUUUUUCUCAUCCGAGUACGCUUCAACGACACCAGCGUGUUCACACAGGAGAGAAACAGUAUCACUGCUCAAAGUGUGAGAAGAGUUUUACUUACAGUUAUGCUCUUAAAGUACACCAGCGUGUUCACACAGGAGAGAAACCGUAUAACUGCACUGAGUGUGGAAAGAGUUUUACUCAAAGUAGUGCCCUUAAAGUACACCAGCGUAUUCACACAGGAGAGAAGCCGUAUCACUGCUCAGAGUGUGGAAACAGCUUUGCUGAACAUGGCACCUUUCAAAAACACCAGCGUAUUCACACAGGAGAGAAACCGUAUUACUGCUCAGUGUGUGGAAAGAUUUUUGCUCAUGAAAAUAACCUCAAACGGCAUCAGCGUAUUCACAUAGAAAAACUACAUCACUGUUGAGAGUGUGGGAAGUAUUUUAUUGCAUAUUAUGUUCUCCAACUACACCAGCACAUUCACACAGUGGAGAAGUAAUAUCACCGUUCACUGUCUGAAAAGAACUUUAGUGAAAGGAAUAUUCUUUAAGUACACCACACCAGCGCAUUCACAUAAGAGGAUGAUCCAUACUGCUGCUUAUAGUGCAGAUUAAGUUUUACUGGAAGCAGCAUUUUUAAUAGUUUUUGUGACUAGAGUCGUCUUGAAAAACACCAGUGCAUUCAGAGGAGAUAAUAAAAUGAUACUCCACUACUGCAUGUACAGAAAAAGCUAUGUGUACUUUCUUUUUCUACUAAUA